AUGAAGGUACGGCUAAGAUUUUUCUCCACAUUUGAUUAUUUCUGUUUGCUUGUCUUUGUCUCUUCAGGUGUGAUUAUUGUACCUAGUGCCGGCGUGGGGAUCGUUCUCGGCGGCUACAUCAUUAAGAAGCUGAAGCUGGGCGCUCGCGAGUCGGCCAAGCUGGCCAUGAUCUGCAGCGGCGUGUCCCUGCUCUGCUUCUCCACGCUGUUCAUCGUGGGCUGCGAGAGCAUCAACCUCGGAGGGAUCAACAUCCCCUACACCACCGGACCUACACUCACUAUGACGCAGAGGAACCUGACCGGCGGCUGUAAUGUGAACUGCGGCUGUAAAAUCCACGAGUACGCUCCGGUCUGCGGCUCUGAUGGCAUCACAUAUUUUAACCCCUGCCUAGCUGGCUGUGGCAGCGUGGCCAACGACAGCACCGGGAUCCGAAACUACUCCGACUGCGCCUGCGUUCAGAGCCGGCAGGUCAUCACGCCGUCGACCGGCAGUCAGGGCAGCAACCAGCUGCAGCUCGUCAUCGUCAAGACCUACCUGAACGAGAAUGGCUACGCCGUGUCGGGGAAGUGCGACCGCACCUGCAAUACGCUCAUCCCCUUCCUCAUCUUUCUCUUCAUCGUCACGCUCAUCACUGCCUGCGCUCAGCCUUCCGCCAUCAUCGUCACCCUCAGGUCUGUAGCGGAGCAGGAGCGGCCGUUCGCUCUGGGAAUGCAGUUUGUCCUCCUCAGGACUCUCGCCUACAUCCCGACUCCCAUUUAUUUCGGGGCCGUCAUCGACACCACCUGCAUGUUGUGGCAGCAGGACUGCGGCGUCCACGGCUCCUGCUGGGAGUACGACGUCACCUCUCUGCGCUUCGUGUACUUCGGCCUCGCUGCUAGCCUCAAGUUCCUUGGCUUCCUCUUCAUCUUCCUCACCUGGUACUCCAUUAAGUACAAAGAGGAGCGGGUAGAGCGCUGGCUCAAGCGCCACCUGUCGCCCGUCGACACCGUGGGCAGCCUCGUCUGCCACCCCGGCGGCCACAAGGGCCACGCCCGCACCCGAUCCUGUCCCGUAAACAUCCCUCGAACCGACCCCAACGCUCUGCCCGCUAAUGCACCGCCGCGUGCCGGCACCCUGAACCGCGGCGUUAGCACCCAGAGCUGCCCCGGCCAGGAGCUGAAAGCAAUAACUCCUCCUCCGGCAGCCACGGCUGCACCUUCACCCGCAGCGGCGCCCAACCCCGAUGGCGAGUACUCGACCAUCACGUAG